AUGGAGAGUGGAAACAUGAGCUUUCCCAAUGUUUUUGUUCUGCUGGGCUUCUCAGAGUUUCCCUGGCUGGAGAAGCCCCUCUUUGCAGUGGUCCUAGUUUCCUACAUCCUCACCCUGGUGGGGAACAGCUCCAUCAUCUUCCUCUCCCUGGUGGACCCCAGACUCCAGAAACCCAUGUACUUCUUCCUGGACAACCUCUCUCUACUGGACCUCUGUCUCACCUGCACCAUUGUGCCCCAGCUUCUGGCCAACCUGUGGGGACCAGAAAAGACCAUUGCUGCCUGGAGAUGCAUCACACAGGUCUAUAUUUUCAGCUGGACAGCUUGCACUGAGUGCAUCUUGCUGGCUAUGAUGGCCAUUGAUCGCUAUGUGGCCAUCUGCCGGCCACUAAGGUACACACUCAUCAUGCGUCCCUGGGUGUGUGUGCAGAUGGCAGCUGCAUGCUUAUCCAGUGGCCUGGCCAGUUCUCUGCUCUAUUCCACUCUCACCCUCCAGCUCCCCUUUUGUGGGCACCACACUCUGAACCACUUAUUCUGUGAGGUGCCUGUGCUCAUCAAGCUGGCCUGUGGGGACACUUCAGCUACUAACCUGGCCUUGGCUUUGGGAGCCAUUCCUUUUGCCCUAGUGGCUCCUCUCACAGUGAUCAUCUCCUACACCUUUAUUGCUAGGGCUGUGCUGAAAUUACCCUCAACUGAAGGAAGGCACAAGGCAUUUAGCACCUGCAGUUCCCACUUGCUGGUGGUUACCAUGUACUUUGGCCCUUCCAUGUACAUGUACCUCCAGCCCCCUGCCCACAACACACAGGCCAAGUUUGUGUCCUUUUUCUACUGUGUGGUCACCCCAGUGCUCAAUCCACUCAUCUACACCCUGAGAAACAAGGAUGUGAAGACGGCAUGGAAGAGGAUCCUGCAAUCUCAGGGUGGGGUGCAGUAUUUAAAAUCCAGAUGCAAGACAAAAAAUUAA